AUGAAUAAUCUUAAUGCUGCUUAAGAAUAAUUGGAAGAUGCUUUGAUAAAAAAUGAUGUUUAUAGAAUUGCCAAUCUUUAAGGUUUUAUUAAAUUCAAAUUGGGAGGUUAUUUAAAUCAUAGUUUGUUUUGGGAAAACUUGUAAAAAUAUUAAACUUAUAACGAAGAACUUCAAUUAAAAAUGGGGGUGGAUAAUUACCUGAUGUAAAUAGUGCUCUCGUAUAAGAAAUCAAUAAAAAUUGGGGAAAUAUUGAAAAUUUCAAGACCUUCUUCAAUACUAGAACAGCAGUGGAUGGGGAUUCUUAGGAAUUGAUCAAUAAUCAAAAAAAUUAAGAUAUUUAGAACUUCGCAAUUGAGAAAUUCCAUAAAAUUAUGGUCUUACACCAAUCUUAAGUAAUUAAUUAAAAAUAGAUAUAUCAUUAAGCAAUUGAUAUAUGGGGAUAUGCUUAUUGGUAGGAUAUAAGGAUGCGAGACCUAAUUUCUUAGCAAAUUUUUGGAAAAUCGUUAAUUGGAAAGAUGUAGAAAACAAGAUAUAAUCAAGCUUUAAAAUGA